CCAUUUCAUUCUAUCUACUCAUUGGCAGUAGAUAUGUGGUAACAUUACGAAGCAAUCAUUUAGUAAAGAUAAUUUAUACUCUCUUCGACAGUGCAAUCAGGAAAUGACGUCCAUUUGCGUCAAGAUUUACGACCACAACGUGGUGCAGGAACUCAACUACACAAUUGAACCCUAUCAAGGACGCAAUGCAAUUAGCGGUCAAGUCAUCUAUAAAAUUGAUGUAAACAAUAUAACCUCGUUGUUGACCUUUGAUUUGGAGCGUGAAGGAAAGCCAGCUUAUCGUAUACUGAGUAAGAAAUUCGAUGCAUGCAAAUUUCUCGAAGGCUUCUACAAGCAAAUGCCGCUGGCGAAUUCGUUGUUGAAGCGGUUAAAUAAAAUGAAGAAUUUUCCAAAGAGUUGUCCUCUGAAGGCGUACGAACCCAUUGUACUUGACUUAUUUAUUAUAAACUGGCAGCAGUUGCCCAUUUAUCUGCCGAAUAUGGGUUAUACUGUGACGGCUGAAUUUUUUACGAAUGGCAAAAAGUUCUCAGAAAUCAUCUUGAAGGGUAAAACAUCGCAGAGUUGAGUUGCAUUUUGAGUGAUAUUAUUUUUCUUACAGUUCGAUAGAAUAUAUUUUGUGAAUAUAGUUAACUGUGUAGUUAAGUGAUUUAACUUUAUUAGAAUGUUUCCAA